AAGCUGCUCCGCGCUUCUACGUCAGACCCGACCUCAGGGGCCGUCGUAAAAGUGUCGCCCGCGACUCUCCGACGGGCCACAGGUUUCUUCUUCCCUCUGGCUGGGGUCGGGAGCCGCUGGCACUAAAUUCCCUUAAGAUGGCGGACGAGGAGGCCGAAGGUGCGGAGAGGAUGGAAGUCAGCACCGAGUUGCCCCAAGCCCCGCAGCGACAGGCAUCAUGGUGGGAUCAGCAAGUUGACUUUUAUAUUGCUUUCUUGCAUCAUUUGGCACAGUUGGUGCCAGAAAUUUAUUUUGCUGAAAUGGACCCAGACUUGGAAAAGCAAGAAGAGAAUGUGCAGUUAUCAAUAUUUACUCCAUUGGAAUGGUACUUAUUUGGAGAAGAUCCAGCUAUUUGCUUAGAGAAAUUGAAACACAGUGGAGCUUUUCAACUCUGUGGGAAGGUUUUCAAAAGUGGAGAGACAACAUAUUCUUGUAGGGACUGUGCAAUUGAUCCAACAUGUGUACUCUGUAUGGACUGCUUCCAGAAUAGUGUUCAUAAAAAUCAUCGCUACAAGAUGCAUACUUCCACUGGAGGAGGGUUUUGUGACUGUGGAGAUACAGAGGCCUGGAAAACUGGCCCCUUUUGUAUGAAUCAUGAACCUGGAAGAGCAAGUACCACAAAGGAGAAUUCGCAUUGUCCAUUGAAUGAAGAGGUAAUUGCUCAAGCCAGGAAAAUAUUUCCUUCAGUGAUAAAAUACAUUGUAGAACUGACUAUAUGGGAAGAGGAAAAACAACUGCCUCGUGAACUACGGAUAAGGGAGAAAAAUGAAAGAUACUAUUGCGUUCUUUUCAAUGAUGAGCACCACUCAUAUGACCACGUCAUAUACAGUCUGCAGAGAGCCCUCGACUGUGAACUUGCAGAGGCCCAGUUGCAUACCACUGCCAUAGACAAAGAGGGUCGUCGGGCUGUCAAAGCAGGUACUUAUGCGGCUUGCCAGGAAGCAAAAGAAGAUAUAAAGAGUCAUUCAGAAAAUGUUUCUCAACAUCCACUUCAUGUAGAAGUAUUACAUUCUGAAGUUAUGGCUCAUCAAAAAUUUGCUUUGCGUCUUGGUUCCUGGAUGAACAAAAUUAUGAGCUAUUCAAGUGAUUUUAGACAGAUAUUUUGCCAAGCAUGUCUUAGAGAAGAACCUGGCUCUGAGAAUCCCUGUCUCAUAAGCAGGUUAAUGCUUUGGGAUGCAAAGCUGUAUAAAGGUGCCCGUAAGAUCCUUCAUGAAUUGAUCUUCAGCAGUUUUUUUAUGGAGAUGGAAUACAAAAAACUCUUUGCUAUGGAGUUUGUGAAGUAUUAUAAACAACUGCAGAAAGAAUAUAUCAGUGACGACCAUGACAGGAGCAUUUCUAUAACUGCACUCUCAGUUCAGAUGUUCACUGUGCCUACUCUGGCUCGACAUCUUAUUGAAGAGCAGAAUGUUAUCUCUGUCAUUACUGAAACUCUGCUAGAAGUUUUACCUGAGUACUUGGACAGGAACAAUAAAUUCAACUUCCAGGGGUAUAGCCAGGACAAACUGGGAAGAGUAUAUGCAGUAAUAUGUGACCUAAAGUAUAUCCUGAUCAGCAAGCCCACAAUAUGGACAGAAAGAUUAAGAAUGCAGUUCCUUGAAGGUUUUCGAUCUUUUUUGAAGAUUCUUACCUGCAUGCAGGGAAUGGAAGAAAUCAGAAGACAGGUUGGGCAACACAUUGAAGUAGAUCCUGACUGGGAGGCUGCCAUUGCUAUACAGAUGCAGCUGAAAAAUAUUUUACUUAUGUUCCAAGAGUGGUGUGCCUGUGAUGAAGAACUCUUACUGGUGGCUUAUAAAGAAUGUCACAAAGCUGUGAUGAGGUGCAGCACAAGCUUCACGACUGGUAGCAAGACAGUAAUCCAGCUGUGUGGUCAUACUUUGGAAACCAAGUCCUACAGAGUAUCUGAGGAUCUUGUGAGCAUACAUCUGCCACUCUCUAGGACUCUUGCUGGUCUUCACAUACGUUUAAGCAGAUUGGGUGCUGUGUCAAGACUGCAUGAAUUUGUACCUUUUGAGGACUUGAAAGUAGAGGUACUUGUGGAAUAUCCUCUGCGUUGUCUGGUGUUGGUUGCCCAGGUAGUUGCUGAGAUGUGGCGAAGAAAUGGGCUGUCUCUCAUUAGCCAGGUAUUUUAUUAUCAAGAUGUUAAGUGCAGAGAAGAAAUGUAUGAUAAAGAUAUUAUCAUGCUUCAGAUUGGUGCAUCUUUAAUGGAUCCCAACAAGUUUUUGUUACUUAUUCUUCAGAGGUAUGAGCUUACUGAUGCUUUUACCAAGACUAUAUCCACAAAAGACCAGGAUUUGAUUAAGCAGUAUAAUACAUUAAUAGAAGAAAUGCUUCAGGUCCUCAUCUAUGUUGUGGGAGAGCGAUAUGUGCCUGGAGUGGGAAAUGUGACCAAAGAAGAGGUCACAAUGAGAGAAAUUGUUCACUUGCUUUGUAUCGAACCCAUGCCACACAGUGCUAUUGCCAAAAAUUUGCCUGAGAAUGAAAAUAAUGAAACUGGCUUAGAGAAUGUCAUAAACAAAGUGGCCACAUUUAAGAAACCAGGUGUAUCAGGCCAUGGAGUUUAUGAACUGAAAGACGAAUCACUGAAAGACUUUAAUAUGUACUUUUAUCAUUACUCCAAAACACAGCACAGCAAGGCUGAACAUAUGCAGAAGAAAAAGAGAAAACAAGAUAAUAAAGAUGAAGCAUUGCCACCACCACCACCUCCUGAGUUCUGUCCUGCUUUCAGCAAGGUGAUUAACCUUCUCAGCUGUGAUGUUAUGAUGUACAUUCUCAGGACCAUAUUUGAACGGGCAGUAGACACAGACUCUAGCUUGUGGACUGAAGGAAUGCUCCAAAUGGCAUUCCACAUUCUGGCACUGGGUCUACUGGAAGAGAAGCAGCAGCUUCAAAAAGCUCCUGAAGAAGAAGUAACAUUUGACUUUUACCAUAAAGCUUCAAGAUUAGGAAGUUCAGCCAUGAAUGCUCAGAAUAUACAAAUGCUUUUGGAAAAACUCAGAGGAAUUCCCCAGUUAGAAGGCCAGAAGGACAUGAUAACAUGGAUACUCCAGAUGUUUGACACAGUGAAGCGAUUAAGAGAAAAAUCUUGUUUAAUUGUCGCAACUACUUCAGGAUUGGAAUCUGUGAAGAAUGAUGAGAUUAUUCAUGAUAAAGAAAAAGCAGAAAGAAAAAGAAAAGCUGAAGCUGCUAGGCUGCAUCGCCAGAAAAUCAUGGCUCAAAUGUCCGCCUUACAGAAGAACUUCAUUGAAACUCACAAACUUAUGUAUGACACCACAUCAGAAAUGCCUGGGAAGGAGGACUCUGUCAUGGAGGAAGACAGCACCCCAGCAGUUAGUGACUACUGCAAAAUUGCUUUGGGUCCUAAACGGGGUCCAACUAUUACUGAAAAGGAGGUGUUGACAUGCAUCCUCUGCCAAGAAGAACAAGAGGUGAAAAUAGAAAAUAAUGCCAUGGUAUUAUCAGCCUGUGUUCAGAAGUCUACUGCCUUAACCCAGCACAGGGGAAAACCCAUAGAACUCUCAGUGGAGACCCUGGACCCACUUUUCAUGGAUCCAGACUUGGCAUAUGGAACUUAUACAGGAAGCUGUGGUCAUGUAAUGCACGCAGUGUGCUGGCAGAAGUACUUCGAAGCUGUGCAGCUGAGUUCUCAGCAGCGGGUCCAUGUGGACCUGUUUGACUUGGAGAGUGGAGAGUACCUCUGCCCUCUGUGCAAGUCUCUGUGCAACACUGUGAUUCCCAUUAUCCCUCUGCAACCGCAAAAGAUAAACAGGGAGAAUGCAGAAGCUCUUGCUCAACUUUUGACCUUGGCACAGUGGAUACAGACGGUUCUGGCCAGAAUAUCAGGUUAUAAUAUGAAACAUACUAAAGGAGAAAACCCAAUACUUCCUAUGUUGUUUGAUCAAGGGAUGGGAGAUUCUACUUUGGAGUUCCAUUCUAUCCUGAGUUUUGGAGUUCAGUCUCUGAUCAAGUAUUCUAAUAGUAUCAAGGAAAUGGUCAUUCUCUUUGCCACAACAGUGUAUAGAAUUGGACUGAAAGUGCCUCCUGAUGAAAUGGAUCCUCGAGUCCCCAUGCUGACCUGGAGCACAUGUGCUUUCACUGUCCAGGCAAUUGAAAACCUAUUGGGAGAUGAAGGAAAACCCCUUUUUGGAGCUCUUCAAAAUAGGCAGCACAAUGGUCUGAAAGCAUUAAUGCAGUAUGCAGUUGCACAGAGGGUUACCUGUUCUCAGGUCCUGAUACAGAAGCAUCUGGUUCGUCUCCUAUCAGUUGUGCUUCCUAACUUAAGAUCAGAAGAUACACCAUGCCUUCUAUCUAUAGAUCUAUUUCAUGUUUUGGUAGGUGCUGUGCUGGCAUUCCCAGCUUUGUAUUGGGAUGACACUGUCGAUCUACAGCCUUCAUCAAUUAGUUCUGCCUAUAACCAACUUUAUCUCUUCCAUCUGAUCACCAUGGCACACAUGCUUCAGAUAUUUCUUACAAUAGACACAGGACUUCCCAUUUCUCAGGAGGAAGAAGAUAGUGAGGAAGCUCAUUCUGCAUCUUCUUUCUUUGCAGAAAUUUCCCAGUUUAUGAGCGGCUAUGCUGGGCACAGUGUCCCAGGCUGGUACCUGUGGGCUUCCCUGAAGAGUGGCAUCACCCCAUACCUGCGCUGUGCUGCCUUGUUCUUUCACUACGUACUUGGGGUGACUCCACCUGAGGAGCUGUUCACCAAUUCUGCCGAGGGAGAAUAUAGUGCACUAUGUAGCUAUCUGUCCUUACCCACAAAUUUGUUCCUGCUCUUCCAAGAAUACUGGGAUACUGUAAGGCCCUUGCUCCAGAGGUGGUGUACAGAUCCUGCCUUACUGAACUUCCUGAAGCAGAAAAGCACCGUGGUGAGAUAUCCUAGAAAAAGAAAUAGUUUGAUAGAGCUUCCUGAUGACUACAGUUGCCUCCUGAAUCAGGCUUCUCAUUUCAGGUGUCCACGGUCUGCAGACGAUGAGCGCAAGCAUCCUGUCCUCUGUCUUUUCUGUGGGGCCAUCCUGUGUUCUCAGAACAUCUGCUGCCAAGAAAUCGUGAAUGGGGAAGAGGUCGGAGCUUGUAUUUUUCAUGCACUUCACUGUGGAGCGGGAGUUUGCAUUUUCCUCAAAAUCAGAGAAUGCAAAGUGGUCCUGGUCGAAGGUAAAGCCAGAGGCUGUGCCUAUCCAGCUCCUUACUUGGAUGAAUAUGGAGAAACUGACCCUGGACUGAAGAGGGGUAAUCCUCUUCAUUUAUCUCGUGAGCGGUAUCGGAAGCUCCAUUUGGUCUGGCAACAGCACUGCAUUAUAGAAGAGAUUGCUAGGAGCCAGGAAACUAAUCAGAUGUUAUUUGGAUUCAACUGGCAAUUAUUGUGAGCUCCUGUUCUGCCUCAAGACAAUCAUGAAUGACAACAGUAAUAAAGACUGAUUUAAAAUUAUGGAGAGCUUUCUGAGGGCUGGGGAAAUAUUGGAGAUUUGGUCUCUGUCCACAUUCACUAUCGGAAUAUUGUUUUCAAUCAGCAAACAUGCACUACAAGGGAUAAAAGGACCUUGAUUAAUGUACUUCAUGCUCUAGAACAUUAAAGAAAUGCUUGCCCACCCCAAGUGUCUGACUCUGGAAAUGUUUCCAGAAAAGUCAUUCUCUUUCAUAAUCUUUACACUGGGUAAGUGAAGUCAUACCAAGCAGUUGUGCACAUUUUCAUGUGUUGGUUAAUUCUUCUGCUGCUUUGUUUUCCUUUUCCUGAGUGAACCUCAGCUAGCAUUGGAUCACUGACAAGAUUCUGAGCACUUAUGAUGGUCUUCCUGGCAGCUAAAGAGGAAUUGCAGAAAGCAUGCAUUACACUUCAAUUGAGAGAUUUCAAAAAAGAAAACUUCAUCAUUUCUCCUUUAAGUAAAUAUCCAUAAUGUGCCACCUGCUACUGUAAGCCAGAAAUGAAUGUGAAUCUCUUAAGGAACAGAAUAGAGGCACUGACAGUGUGGAUAAGAGUCUGUGCCACUUCAGGCCUUGAGAAGAGUCAGGAUUGUGUAUUCACUAUUCAUAUCUCAUAGUACAAAGAGCCUGUGGUCCUCACCUCUGACAGUUAGCUUGUUGAGUUUGAGAUUCUACUCUACAUUUUCCAAAGGCAAAUUCUGCAGUGAGAUAACCUUACCUCUUGAAGGUGGUACUGUACCAUCCUGUUUGACUCUCAGAAACCUGUUGCAGGGCCAGGGAUUUAGCUCAAUGGUUCUGCUGCCUGCCUC